AUCCGCCCCUCACAAUUUUUUCUCCGCCAUUUUCAGACCGUCUUGCGCACUCUUCCGCUUGGUCAACUGCAGUCUGCGUGCUUAUUUUUAAGAGCAGAACGCAUUCAUCAUUUGCAAUCAACCUAUCGACAAACACCAUGUCCAACGAGCAGAGCGAAAAUACUUCGGACACAGCUGUGGAGCAGCAGCAACUGCAGCAGCAGCAGUCGCCGCAGCAACAAGGAGACAUGAACGGGAAGGUCAAACAAGAGGCCAAUACGAGCCGGAAGGAGAGGCCCCAGAAGAGAGGUGGAGGUGGACGCUUUGAACCCUACGGAAGUGUGAACAAGAGAUACCGAGUUUUUGUCAGCAACAUCCCCUAUGAUGUGAAAUGGCAAGCCCUUAAAGACCUGAUGAAAGAAAAAGUGGGUGAGGUAACGUACGUGGAACACUUAAUGGACGCAGAAGGCAAAUCAAGGGGUUGUGCUGUGGUUGAGUUCAGGACUGAGGAGCUCAUGAGGAAGGCAGUGGAGAAGGUCAACAAGCACAACCUCAAUGGCCGUCCCCUGAAAGUGAAAGAUGACCCUGAUGGUAUGAUUGCUCAGAGGGAAAUCAACAAGGCACAAGGGGUUGGAGGCCCCCACGGUGGAAUGGGUGGAAUGGAUCGCAUGAAUAUGGAGAGAAUGGGCCCUGGACCGAAUGGCCCCAUGAUAAACAUCCCUCCUAGCCUGAUGAACAACCCGACUAUUCCCAUCGAGGUCAUCCAUGGUCUGCAGUCAGGCAGAAUUGGCAACACAGUCUUUGUCGCAAAUCUGGACUACAAAGUGGGUUGGAAGAAGCUGAAGGAGGUGUUCGGCAUGGCUGGCAUAGUGGUGAGGGCUGACAUCCUUGAGGACAAAGACGGAAAGAGCAGAGGGAUGGGCACCGUGACCUUCGACAUGCCCAUCGAAGCGGUCCAAGCUGUUUCCAUGUUGAAUGGACAGCUGUUGUUCAACCGAAUCAUGCACGUCAAAUUGGAUGAGAAGUCCAUCCCCAAAGAUUUUGGGCCACCCGACAGAGGUGUAUCUCUUCCACGUGGGCUGAGUGGUGUUGGUUUGGGUUUGGGGCCUGGUGGGCAGCCUAUUGAUGCUACCCAACUGAACAGAGGCGGCGGAGGAAUGGGCAACAUGGGCAUCGGAGGAAUGGAUGGAAUGGGCUUUGGCAACAUGGCGAACCGUAUGGGAGAUUUAGGAAUGGACAACUUUGGAGGAGGAGUGAACAACAUGGAUCGCUUUGGCUCUGCUGGAAUGGGCAGAAUGAACGAGAUGGACCGAGGCAUCGGCGGUGGGUUUGACCGGGAGUUUGGUCGAAAUGAAAUGGGCAUGGCUCGCAAUAAUUUUGGAGAUUCCUUUGAUAGAGGAAAUUCCAUGGGUAUGGACCGCAUGAAUUCUGGGAUGGACCGUCUAGGAACAAACAUGGAUCGCAUUGGAGGGAUGGAUCGGAUGGGCAUGGAUAGGAUUGACCGGGUGCCUGACCUGGAUAGGAUGGGCUCUGGCUUUGACCGCCUGGGUUCCGGAAUGGACCGACUGGGGCCCAAUAUCGACAGGCUCGGAGGUGGCCUCGACCGUAUGAGCUCCAGUCUGGAUCGACUCGGCCCAACCGGUUUCGACCGCUUGGGCCCAUCCAAUUUGGAUCGCAUGGGCUCUAAUCUGGAAUUUGGCACCCCUAUGAGCAUGGAUCGCAUGGGCAACACCGGGCUUGACAGGAUGUCCAGCAAUUUUGACCGCAUGGGCUCUACUGGAGGUCUCGAUCGCUUUCAGUCUGGUGGCCUCGAUCGUAUGAACUCUGGAAUGGACCGGAUGGGAUCCGGCAACGUUGGCGGUCAGUUUGAUCGUUCUUCUGAUUUGGAUCGUGGCUUCGGUGGAAAUUCCUUUGGAGGAACUGGAGCGGGAGGCUCUGGAAGUGGAGUGGGAAAUAUCCGAAAGGGAUGCCAGAUCUUUGUCCGCAAUCUGCCAUUUGACUUCACAUGGAAGAUGCUGAAGGAUACCUUCAAUACGUGUGGCAUGGUGCAGUAUGCUGAUAUCAAGAUGGAGAAUGGCAAGUCCAAGGGCUGUGGUGUGGUUCGCUUUGACAACCCUGAGACCGCCGAUCGUGCUUGUCGUACCAUGAAUGGCUAUCGUCUGAAUGGAAGAGAAAUCGAUGUUAGAAUUGACAGAAAUGCAUAGAUUGUUCUACAAUUACACUAUUGUCUAAAUAUGCCACACACUCUUUUCAUAUUCUCUUGGUUUGGCAUUUGUUAUUGUGAUCUUGUUUUAGUGGACUGUUUUUAGUUUGUAAAAGAUGUUUUUAGUUUGUUAAAGCCAUUUUUUUCUGCCAUGCUUACUUUGUCCACUUUGUAUUUCAAGGUGUUUUGAUAAUAAACUUAAACCAUUAAUCUUUGA